GAGUGCCGUGGACGACGCCGCGCUGAACGCCAUGCGCCACUUGCACUCCUGCUACCACACGUUGAGCGGCCAGUGCAUCUUCAGAAAGGAUCUGAUGCGCGACUCCGCCAGCAGGUUCGUGACCUUGUUUGCCUCUCUUGCCGCGCUGCAGCCGAGGAAUUGGCGCGUCAAGCCGAAGGCGCACCUGCUCCUCGAGAUGGCCUUCGCGGGAGGGCAGCCGUGGCUGUGCUGGACCUACGGGGGCGAGGACUUCGGGGGCAGCGUGGGCCACGCGGCGAACAGGCAUCUCAGUCAUGCCAACGCGACCGAGGAGGCCCUGAAGAUAGCGUCGGAGUUCAGGUGCGAUGAGUGCGAGGCGAAGGCUGACCCGAAGCCCUUUCGACCAGCCGCUCCUGACAUCGCGCAGCCGCCCCUCCGGUCCAUCGGCAUGGGCGUGAAGGAGCUGCUCUCGUGGUUACCAAACCAGACUCUCAGGGCGCCGUGCAUCGUCUGCGAUGCGUCCUCGCUGCAGUCCAUGACGCCGUUCAAUGAGGGCGACGAGGAGGUGGCGAGCGACCUGCUCCGCAUGCGCCGCGACAACUGGACGAGACCCCACAUGCGACCGAAGCGGCUUCGACUGGAUCCGGCGAAGCCCCACGUCUCCCAGGUGUUCACCAGCGCCAUGGAGCGCGACGGCACCACCAUGCUGGACACGGCCGGAGGCGCCAAGGAGCAGAACGGGAAGGUGGAGCGGCACGGCCAGUGGUUUGCCCAGAUGCUGCACGCCGUGAUCGCGGAGGUCCAGCCGCAGGAUCGCGGAGAGUGGCGGGAGUGCGUGGCCCAGGUUCAGGAGGCGAGAAUUAAUUCCCUGAGCCCGGCGCAGAUCACGUUCAGGCGGAACCCCGAGGUUCCCGAGGACCUCUUGGUGGACUCGCCGGACAUCGUUGCGAACAGCGCGGUGCUGCAUGACCCGCCGGCCAUCUUCGCGGCUCGAGUGCGAGCCGUCGCUGGGCGCCAGCCGUCGAGCUACAACGACCAGCGCGCCACCCGAGCGGCCUUGGACGCGAGGCCGCGGCGCCGCAUCACGUGCAAGCCAGGGGGCAUGGUGGCCGUUUGGAGGAAGGGCACGAAGGGCGGAGGUGGCUUCUGCAGACUCGCCGAGCCCACUACCGGUGCAUGGAGGCCAGGCUUGUACGCGGGUGCGGCGCGUGGCAACUACUGGAUCGCCGUGCCGGGGUGCGUUCUGAAGGCGUCGCCGGAGCAGUUGAGGAUGGCCAGCGCCGAGGAGCGCGCAGCGUGGCGCCCCGUCGAGGGCUCGCUGCGGUCGCACACCAUUGACUUGGACAGCAUGAAGGCGCAGUACUACCACGACAUCACUGCCGAGGAGGUGAAGCGCGCCCGCGUGCACGGGCAGGGCGCGAAGCGCGGUCCCUUCCCGUCAGCGUCGGACCAGGUCAAGCAGCCGAAGGCGCAGUUGACUUUGGCGGUGAUGGCGGCCGAGGACAGCGAGGACGACGACGAGAUUUUGGCCGUGGACGAAGAGGAGGUCAUGCUGGCGGGAGGGCACGCCAAGGAGUGCGACGAGCUGAUCAACAGGACCAAGGCGUGGCGUCCACUACCGCUGGAGGAGUCGCGCCGAUUGCGAUCAACAAAGCCGGAGCGCAUCACGAAGCCCCGGCCGGUGCUGACGGAGCGGGAGGACGAGGUUAAGUGUCGCAUGACCAUCCAGGGCUUCCAGGACCCGGAUCUGCUGGAACUGGUGAGGGCCGGAUGGGCUCAGGUUCCGAUUCUGUCGUCCAACGGCCGAGCGUUCGUGCUGCGGACCAUCGCCUCCGCGAAGUUCCCGAUGGCCAUCGGUGACGUGGAGGGCGUCUUCCUGGAGACUGAUGCUUCUCUUGCUCCCGCCGAGCACGGGGCCAUCUACGUGUACUUGCCGUCCGAGUUCCUUCCUGAGGACAUGCCUGAGGACCGGCUGUGCGAGCUCUGGUGGCUGACGUUCAGCAAGUACCUCGCCGAGGAGCUGGGUUUCAUGCGACAUCCCCUUGACCCGUGCGUCCUGAUGCUAUCCGAGGACAUCGGGGACACCAGGGACUUUGACUUGGGCGAUUACCGCGUGAUCGAGGGCUCGGGCCUGGAACCGCGUCGCGAUGCACGCCCAGGCGACCUGCGCGGGGUCAUCGGCCAGCACGUCGACGACGGGGUCUUCGGCGGAAGAGGCGCGAAGUGGGUUCAGGCCAUCGCCAGGCUGAAGGGGAAGUUUCCAUGCCGGAAGUGGAACGACCAGGAGGGCGAGUUCGUCGGCUCGAAGCUGCAGCAGCUCGCCGACUACACCAUCGUGCAGUCGCAGCGCCAGUGCGCCAGUGAGGAGAUGGAGCGA